GUCAACGGUUCAGUCGGUAAAUCCAUAGCGUUGACUGAAGAUUGCUUCAGUCAACGUCCAUAGGCGUCUACGCAAAAUAAGUAACUUAAUCUUUAUUUGAGUUAUCCUUCGCCGAUAACUUCGUGAUCCUGUUGCUGGAUUACGAGCCUGACAUAAUAUCAAGUGAUUACGACACUUUGAUCUCGGAUUUCAUUGUGGUAAAUUGUUGGAGGCAUAGAGUGACAAUUGUCUUUUUUUGUGUUGUGCACCGUUUAGAGGAACUCAACAAUCUGCUCGACAACGUGCAUGGCGCGAGGAUUCCAGCCGGAUUGAGACGAUGACGAUUUCAUAUCUGAUCGUGACGGAUUUAUUUUUCACGUUAUGAUAGUUGUUUUGAUUCGUCCCGAAAUUAUCAUGAAGAAUAAUUCAUUCCACGGCUAUGUGUUGUGCAAAACAAUUACUCUAAUGCCAGAAUCUCGGUGACUCUAGUAGUUUAUUGUUUUGACGCGCACCGACAUGGCGGACGCUAUAUUUAUCACGCAUCUUGUACUUUUGUUGACGUUCAAAUUAUGUCCAGGGGAAAGGCUACAAAACAUAAGACUGCACGAGGAUGACCCUUCAUUGGAUAGUGAAGAACCACCCAAUCCUCCAGAGCUGAUGGAACGUCAUAUCAAUGGCAUUAGUAGUCCCUCGAAACGUUACGAAUGCUACGACUGUGAUCUUUGUGCUCCUUGUGAUAGUCCUGACUGUGAUUUGCCUAAAACAUGCUCUGGUGCAAUAACAUGUUGGACGGCUAGAGUACAUGAGGCAGGUGGUACUGAACGUUUGAGUAGAGGUUGCACUACCGAACCAGAACACAUGCCAUUUAUAUGUAGCAAACAACAGCAGACAAUUGGCAGUGGUAGUGGUAAAAAGCGACAGGCCAGCAGUUCGACCGGAGGCGGACAAUAUAGUCUAGUGUGCUGCCAAGGUGACCUGUGUAACAAUGGAAGUUUUCCUGAGCUCCACUCUUACUUUCCUCAAGAGCCAUCAAAUGAUGAGAGAGUGGAGGAUUAUGCAGUGAAGUUGACCCUUGCGAUCCUUGGUCCUAUGGUAGGGUUGGGAGUAAUCGGGGGCGGCGUACUUGCGUGUAUAUUUGUUCGUAGAACACGUCGCAAACGUCCUUCGGCACUUCGUCGGAAUAAACUUCUCGUUGACUCAGACUUGGAACCCUCAUCCCUUCAUUUUUCUUCAUCCUCUCCGUCUACAACAUCUGCUUACCAUACUCAUGAACUGAGGGCAACUGCAGCUGGUGACAGCACGCUCAAAGAAUAUUUGGAUGGACGAAGCCUUACUAGUGGUUCAGGGUCGGGAUUGCCCCUACUGGUACAACGUACGUUAGCAAAGCAAGUUGCAUUAGUCGAAUGUCUUGGAAGUGGAAGUGGAGGAGGUGGAGGUUUUGGAGGAGAAGUGUGGCGAGGCGUUUGGCAUGGAGAAUGCGUAGCUGUGAAGAUAUAUUUCUCAAGAGAUGAGGCAGCUUGGGCACGUGAAACAGAGGUGUACUCCAAGCUUUUACCAUCACGCCAUGAUAACGUCCUUGGAUAUGUAGGCAGUGAUAUGACGAGUAGAGGUAGCUGCACUCAAUUGUGGCUCGUUACUCAUUACCAUCCACUUGGCUCUCUCUACAAUCAUUUGAACCGUUCCCCACACCCCCUAACUCACCAUCAAACUCUAAACAUUUGUCUAAGUGUGGCCAACGGACUUCUUUAUCUUCAUACUGAAAUUAAUGGGACUAGAGGGAAGCCAGCAAUGUCACAUCGUGAUUUGAAGUCUAAAAACAUCCUUGUCAAGGCCAAUGGUGCUUGCGCAAUAUCAGAUUUUGCUCUUGCUGUAACCCAAGAACGUAUCACUAUGGAUCGAAUCGAUCUCCGUCAAGGUACUAAGCGAUACAUGAGUCCAGAAGUCCUCGACCAAACGAUCAACGUAGAAUGUUUAGAGAGUUUCCGACGUGCAGAUAUGUACAGUUUAGCACUUGUCAUGUGGGAAGUAUGUCGUAGAUGUGUGAGUAAUGGAGUAGCUUUGGAUUAUGCUGCGCCAUAUUCCGAGUGGCUAUCAGGUGGAAACCAAGAACCAUCAUUUGAAGAAAUGCGCAAAUUGGUAGCGCUGGACCAACGGCGACCUCCUCUUCCAAAUCGAUGGCAUUCAGAUCCAACUCUUGCUGGGAUGGGCAAGUUGAUCCGUGAAUGUUGGCACGGAAAACCUGCCGCUCGUCUUCCAGUACUAAGAGUAAAAAAGACUCUCGUCAAACUGGCAUCAAACGACCCACGUGUUCAUUUACCUCUUGACUGACUGGCAGCUUUAUAUAUCCGUUUUCAUAUACGUAUUUAUUAUUACUAUAACUCCAUUGAAUCAUUAAAAUUCAUCGUAUAUUUCUUCAUUUGGUAUGAAGCAUUGUUUUAUUACCUAUGAAAGUAAAGAAAAUAUCAGCUUCCGACAUAUCAGGACUAUGCUGUUAGUUUUCUAGUACAUCCCCCUUGACUAAUUUAGUUUCAAACAGCAUCACUAAAAAAUGCCGCCAGAUACCUGCAAAUGCAGUAAUUAAUAAAUAGUAUCGAUUAGUCUCCACAAUUUUACCAAUGUUUUUGAUGAUGACAAGUCACGCCCAAUAUUAGGCAGCUGUAAAUGGACUUUUUAAAAUUGUCGACGAGAAUGUAUGUUACAAUUGAAUCUCAAGUCACAAAUUAUGAAAACCAUGUUAUUACAAUGACGACAUGAAUAGAAUUGUACUAUAAAAAAUGAGAAUUUUUUCCAUUCUAUCAAAAGUAUUCUCGAAUAUCUUCAGUAAGGUUGUCUGUUACUUGCUCCAGAAAGUUGAUGCGACGUUACCUGACGGUUCAUUAAUAUCUACGCAUGCAAUAGAUACUUUCGAGAGUAUUUUCUUAUGCAUGUAAAAAUUAACUUGAUGUAAACAUUGAAAAGUUGGUUCAGGGAUUUAUAGAAAGUUCUAGCUGUAUUUUUUAACUUGUGGCUGUGUUUAAUCUGCUAACGUCACGAAGAAACGUGUACAUAAUACCUUAUUGUCGCGCCCAACACUUAUAUUGUUUGCAAUAUUAUUGGACUCGUCAAAAUCAAUUGAGAAAUGUUGUAAAUAGUAUCUUUGUAUUAAUAUUAAUUUUUAUUAUAAUUAUUAUUAUAUCAUGUAUACAAUGUAUGAAAUUAAAUUAAAAUACAAGUAUGCAAACUUUA